UUCACACAUUUCGCCUUGUUCAUCAUCACUCCCAGACAGGCAGAGCCGAGGGCUGAACUCGAAACACACUCUCUGUACUAUACAUCACAUCCACUAAUUGCACCAUCUGUGUAGAGGUGGUGUUGCGCUUGUUUUACAAACCCCCAAAACAACCAAUGCAUUUAAGCAGAUGGGCAGCUAGCUACUUCUUCUUCUUACUCAAACUGCUCCAACAACUAGUUUCCUAAGUUGGAGAGAAAUAAACUUCUGCAGAGGAGAGGAGGAGGAUAUAUACACGGACACAUUUUGGCACCGUUUUGACGCGCGGACUUCCUUUCGUUGGUUGCCACUUUGUUGCAGUUUUGUGUUUCGCUGCGUGUGAAGAAGAAGAAGAAGAAGAAGGAGGAGGAGGAGGAGGAGGAAAAGGAGGUGGACCCACGCUCAGGCUCAGUCGCCGGUCUCGUGGCUUCUUUGUAUACAGCAGCAGCAGCAGCAGCAGCUGUGCGUAAAUGCAUCGUGGACUCACUCACAGCGUCUAUCGGCUGCUGCUUGACGGACAGCUUCUUCUUCUUCUUCUUCUUCGGCUCGGUCCAACCUUCUCGUGGGCUUCCUCGGAGAUGAAGCGGCUGAACCAGGUGUAGAAGAGGAAUAUCUAAACUUUACCCCGAGCCAAGUGUCUCAUUCACACCCCUCAACCCAACAACAACAGAGCUUGGGUCAGUUUCUCUUUCUCUGUGCGUCUGUGUGCGCUGGGAUUGUAAACGGCACAGAGUGCUACAGCUGCUCACACACACACACUCUCACACACACACACACCAUGGAUGUAAGAUUUUAUCCGACUGCUGGUGGGAAUGCUAUUCCAGGAGAACCAGCAAACCUGGAUUUUGCCCACUGUUUGGGCUACUACAACUUCAACAAGUUCCAGAAUAACAACAACUACAUGAACAUGGCGGAGGCGAACGGUGCCCUGCUCGCUGCUGGCGAUACUUUUCACACACCCAGUUUGGGAGACGAGGAGUUUGAGAUCCCUCCCAUCACGCCUCCACCUGAGACGGAGUCCGGUCUGGGUCUAUCGGAAGUGGACUCACCUUUCCCAGCGAUGCCGGAGCCCCCGGUUCCUCACAGGGGUCUCUUAAUUCCCCAGUUCCCCCCUCAGAGCCUGGAUCUGCCCUCUAUUACCAUCUCACGCAACAUGAUGGACCAGGAAGGGGUGUCUGUCAACAACGGCCAACCUGUGAACGUUGGACCAGGCCAUCUUCGCCAGUACCAGCCCAACCCGGCCAUGGUGAUGAAGUCCAUCAUCAGCAUGAACAGCCCCAAUGGGAUGUUGUCACGGAAUCAGCUGACCACCAUCAACCAAUCCCAGCUCAACGCGCAGCUGAGCCUAAACAUGGCGGGACCCAACAUCGCCCACACUUCCCCGUCACCGCCCGCCAGCAAGUCCGCCACGCCGUCUCCCUCCAGCUCCAUCAACGAAGACGACCAGGACGAAAGCAACAGGGUCAUUGGAGAGAAGCGACCAGCCCCCAUAGAUCCCGCAAAGAAGCCCAAGACUCCUAAGAAGAAGAAGAAGAAGGAUCCCAAUGAGCCUCAGAAGCCGGUGUCGGCUUAUGCCCUGUUCUUCAGAGACACCCAGGCCGCUAUUAAGGGUCAGAAUCCCAACGCCACCUUUGGAGAGGUGUCCAAGAUUGUGGCCUCCAUGUGGGACGGUCUGGGAGAGGAGCAGAAGCAGGUUUACAAAAGCAAAACAGAAGCUGCCAAGAAAGAAUAUUUAAAAGCCCUUGCAGCAUACCGUGCCAGCCUGGUUUCCAAGGCUGCAGCAGAAUCAGCGGAGGCCCAGACUAUCCGCUCAGUACAGCAGACCCUGGCCUCCACCAGCCUGUCCCCUGGCCUGGUGAUGCCUUCACCCCUCAACCAGCACCCCUCUAUGUCAACAGCUUCCAUGGCCCUCCAACAACAAGGCAUACCACGGGCCAUUGCCCCAAAACCCCUGCAGAUGAGACUAGGGGGCAAUCAGAUUGUGACCUCGGUCACAGUCUCCCACCAGAACAUGUCCUCCGGGAUGCCGCCGCAGCUGCUCGGCCAGAUGGGUGCCGGAGGGGGCAUGGUGGCGGGCGCCCAGUCCACAGCGGUGUCUCAGAUGAGCCCGCCGAUGCAGCCGCAGCAGCAUGCGAUGCAGCAGCAGAUGCAGCAGCAGCAGAUGCAGCAGCACCUCCAGCACCAUCAGAUGCAGCAGCAGCAGAUGCAUCACCAGCAGAUCCAGCAGCAGAUGCAGCAUCAGCAUUUCCAGCACCACCUCCAGCAACAGCUGCAGCAGCACCACAUGCAGCAGCAGCAGCAGCAGCAACACCAACAGCAGCAGCACCAACAGCAGCAACACCAACAGCAGCAACACCAACAACAGCAGCAGCAGCAGCAACAGCAGCAGCAGCAGCAACAGCAGCAGAUGCAGCUGCAACACAUGCAGAUGCAACAUCAGCUGCAUCAGCAGCAGAUUCAACAUCUCCAGCAACAGCAGCAGCAGCAGCACCAGUCCCAGUGUUCCCCACCCCAGCACUCUCCUGGUACGCCCCAUUCAGUGGGAGGCUCUGCAUCGCUCGGCAGCCCCCAGCCGGCCCCACAGCAGCAACCACACCCCUCCCAAAUCCAGGCCCAUGCCCAGGUCCUGUCCCAAGUCAGCAUUUACUGAGCCAAAUGGAAAUCCUAUCUCAAAGAACAGGAAUAGAAUAAAAGCAUCAUUCCACGUUGCUUUUCUAAGUUGCACUUAAGAAGUGUGUAAGAUUUAGAAUGUUAUACAAAGAACUUGUCCAUUGUUAUAGACGGAUAUGCACACGCGUGUACAGGGGGGUAAACAUUGGGUUUUUUGUCUAUAAAAUAGGCCCGAGCUGUGACAGAAGCCUGUUAGGGCGAGCGCCCAGCGAUUGUUUAUUUGUUUGUUUGUGAGGUCUUUUCAGUUGUCAAUUUAAACUGACUGGGCACACAAUACGUUGAAAGACGUGUGUCUUUCGCUGUUUUAUUUAACAAUAAAGCUUUAUUUAUGAGGCCAGAGUCGUCAGUUUCGGCGCAGCAGAAGGACAUUUUGAAUGCAAAAAGGAUUUCUAUCAGAUCUCACCUGGACUGAGUGACUCACAGGAUCCUUGCUGGAAACCAGUAAACCCACACAUCAGUCUUUGUUCCCACACUGGCCAGUAUAUAGCGAGACUUUCUUUACUCCAACCUUUCACCCAUCGCUCUUGCAGAUGUGACUGUUCAACAAUGGCGUGGAGGAAAAUGGCUUGAUCAAAUCAUCACACGCCUGGGUGAUAUUUGAACACAUUUAAAUCAUGUCACAAAUGCAGACAAUGUCUUGAGGAAUAAGGGGAGCUGAAAAUAAACAGUUCAGGGAUGCAGAUCUCUGGAUGAACGCCUGAACAGACUGAGACAGAAACUGCCAUAAAUCAUUUAUUUCAUCACAUCACCCAACUGUAGCUGUAAUCUGCUGUACAUGUUUUGUAGCGUGGGGAGAGACCUCCCGUAUCCAGUAAUCUACCCUCCACAUGAUUUGCCCAAAAGCGUGUAACUGGCACCCCCCCCCCACAAAAAAAACAUCUUUAAUCUAUUUGUUUUUACUCCAGAUGUUUAACAAUUAAAUUAUGCUUUUAUUUUCUGUAACAAAGGGGAUAUUUUAUGGGAAAUACAAAUGUCCGCAUCAAGGCAGAUGUUUUGGGGAUUGAUGUAUUUUUACUCUGCUCCUUGAUACGUCAUCGUUUUUAAAAAAAGAAAACUAGCAGAGCCAGUUUCUUGCACUGCCAAAGCCAACUGAAAAAGGCAUCGGAGGUAUUUUUGCCAGCUGUACAGAAGUCCCUGGGGAAAAAAAAACUGAAAAUGUUGUACAUUUUUCAUAUCACCUGUUGUAAAGUUUUAAUAUGUGAGGCUUUAAUUAAAACAUUGUUAAACGACCUGUGGAUUGCUAUAUCACAUAGUGCAUUUCUGCUCUUUUAUACUUUUUUAUGAGUUCCAAUAGCAGCGAUUCAUUUUGUUUGUAUUUUUGCUUACAAACCAAUUGCUUUUGAAAACUGUCCAUAGAAUAAAUGCAUAUCGGUAUGGAGCUCUUGAAAGGUUGUUUCCAGCUCACGAUAGGAAAAGUAAUUUAAUGUUUUGAGUUUUUGCUCGGCCAUGAAGACGAAACCAGAGACAUUCCAUCACUAAUAUGAUAGUAGCCAUAAUUUUGUAUGAAGUAUUAUAUAUUUCUUUGUGUCUCUGUUCAAAAUUAAACUAUCAAUCACAAAUA